AUGACCGAAUUUUACGAAGGUGAUAAUUCAUGUGUACGCUGUCUUCGAAGUUCACCGAUUGCAUCGUUGAUAGGAUUUAUAAUUGUGUUACUGGGUGGUGGUGCUUUUGGUGGAGCGAUUAUUUUUGCGAGACGUUAUCUAAUUACACUUUUAAAUGCCCCUAAUCUAUUUCCGUAUCUUGACUAUGCUGUUUAUGGUUUAGUCGGAGCAAUAGGUCUAUUUUCCUUAUUAGCCUACUUGCUCUGCGCUCUGUCGUCUGGUUGGAACGCAAAACACUGUUUCGAAAGCAGUCGUAAAGCUUGUUGUGGUCGUUGCUGUAAUAUGACACUUAUUAUACUGUUAGUAAUGGCUGUUAUAUUAUGGUCGGCAAUUGCGUGUCUAGUCAGUUAUCCAGUUGUCAGUAUUGCACUUCUUUUAUACCGAAACGAAGGACCUACUCGACUUAGACUAGCCUCUGUUGAACGACUCAAUACCGGUUUUCAAGAUUUAAACGCUGAAUUUAUGCCUCCAAGCAGCAGUUAUACACGUGAAAUGUUGACUUUAAGUGAAAGAUUAAGAAAGCGUAGAGAUACUGAAGAAGCAUUUCUUGAUCAUACUACUGAUAUGGAUUUCAUGGAAAAUAAGAGUGUAUUGACUACAGAUGAAUUGAAGGAGACUUUACAAACAGAUGAAUCUAAUCAAAAUAAAGGUAUUCUAGCGACAGCUACAAGUCCAAAAAUGGUCGACCAACCACCUCCUGUAGUAAGUACAUAUGAGGAAAAACUACUACCAUCAAAACUUUCUUCUGAAAAUGUCUUAAGUAAUGCAAUGGAACGUGCUCUCAGUAUUCCUGAAUCAAUAAAGUUAUUUCACCAGUGCAGUCAAGAGACAUUUGACUUAUCUUACUACGGUUUAUAUGACCAAAAUGGUCUUCCUAUACACAUAGCAAGAGCAAAUUUCCCUGAUAGAAUACACGAUAUUUUAGUUUGUGUCAUACUUGCCGUCGCCGGUUUAUUCCUACUACUGUUUGGUUAUAUACAGAUAAUCAUUUGUACUGCUAUGAAUUACGCCAGGAUGCAAGAGGCUAGAUAUUAUGAAACAUCAGAUGCUGGGGAAGAAGGUGUUGCAUUACAACAGUGA